AUGGACAACACUACCUGGAUGGCCAACUACACUGGAUGGUCAAAUUUCAUCCUGAUUGGACUCUUCAGUCAAUCCAAACACCCAGCUCUCCUGUGUGUGGUCAUUUUUGUAGUUUUCUUGAUGGCCUUGUCUGGAAAUGCUGUCCUAAUCCUUCUGAUACAGUCUGUUGCUCACCUGCACACCCCCAUGUACUUUUUCAUCAGCCACUUGUCUCUCAUGGACAUGAUGUACGUUUCUGUCACUGUGCCCAAGAUGCUCAUUAACCAGGUCACAGGACAGAAUAAGAUCUCAGCCCCUGGAUGUGGGAUGCAGAUGUUCCUUUAUGUGACUCUCAUAGGUUCAGAAUUUUUCCUUUUAGCUGCCAUGGCCUAUGACCGUUAUGUGGCCAUCUGUCAUCCUCUCCAUUACCCUGUCCUCAUGAACCAUAGGGUGUGUCUUUUCUUGGCAUCUGGCUGCUGGUUCCUGGGAUCUGUGGAUGGCUUCAUGCUCACUCCCAUUACCAUGACCUUCCCCUUCUGCAGAUCCCGGGAGAUCCAUCACUUCUUCUGUGAAGUCCCUGCUGUAAUAAUGCUCUCUUGCUCGGACACAUCCCUCUAUGAGACACUCAUGUACCUGUGCUGUGUCCUCAUGCUCUUAAUCCCUGUGACAGUCAUUUUAAGCUCCUAUUCAUUCAUCCUCCUCACCAUCCACAGGAUGAACUCAACAGAGGGCCAGAAGAAGGCCUUCGCCACCUGCUUCUCCCACAUGAUGGUGGUCAUCCUCUUUUACGGGGCUGCCAUCUAUACCUACAUGCUCCCCAGCUCCUACCACAUUGCCAAGAAGGAUAUGGUGGUGUCUGUCUUCUACACCAUACUCACACCUGUGCUAAACCCUUUAAUAUAUAGUCUUAGGAAUAAGGAUGUCAUGGGGUCUCUGAAGAAAAUGCUGAAUGUGAGACCUGCCUUUCAGGGAACUAUAAAGUAG